GUCCGUACCGCGCACUCUCGGGCUCUGACUCUACUCUUAACUAGGUCAACCCCGUCGAACGGGUACCCUCCGUGCAUUAGCUCUACGAGGGAGAGACCUCGACAGUAGCAGCGCGCUCGCGGCCAAAGAGCACUGCCGAAGAGGUGCCCUCGUUUUUCCCUUUCUUUUUCGUAGCCCGUUUCGUGAGAGAACGGAUCGCCCGGUCGUAUUUGAAGUAUAGUGUUCGUGCUCUCGGAUCGUGGGGGUGAUUUCUCGGAUCGACUUUGCAAAUAGUUUCGAGUGACGGGGUGGUCUUCGGAAGACACUUUGCAUUUGACAUUAGGAUUUGUCGAUAAUCGGAUAGAUUUGUGCAGUGAAGGGAUAGAGUUCUAGAAUACAACGUACAGAUUGAAUCUAAUUAGCGUGAAUUUUUAUCAGCGAUAAUCCGCUGUCAGCAGCAAGCUCUUAUCGAUAAAUCCGACAGUUUGCUGUCUCGUAAAAGCAACUGUAUGUCGGGGAGAACUAGGAGGUCGAAUGGUAUGAGCGUGACCGGAAUAAAACAGCGAGAGGACACCGGCAAGAAUUAAAAAGGUGCGCGAACGGUGGCGCGUCUAGAGAGUGAUAUCCCGAUAAUAGAUAGUAAAGGAUGAUGCUUGGUGGUAAAGGAUAACUUUACGGAUUUUGGGAUAAUAUUCCUGCGAAAGGUUUCGUCGAUUUUCGCGGAUAUCCUCUGCGACGCGAUAAAACUAACAAGAUGACGGUCUGUGAGAUAAUUAAGAGACUCUUAAGGGUUUCAGUGCGUUUCCCGCGUCUUUAAAAAUCGCAAGCCCAGAGAAAAUUUGUGAAGAUAUUUAUUUUAGACGAACACUGCCGGUCUUUCGAACAUCAGUUUGACCUGCGCCUGGCGUCGAUCCCGUGAGUUUUAGUGAUAUGCCACUCGAUAUUAGCAGCGAAAUUUUAAGUGUGAUACCAUCGAUUAAUUUUAUCGUCGGACAUCCUGGGUCGAGAAUUAUUAAAGGAAGUGCCGUACGUUCGUGAAACUCGUGAUUUGCGUCAUUCACCUUCCUACGCAUCUUUCAUGUCAAAAAUAAAACUCCGCGUCGGAGAAGCGUCGCGAAAUCCCGUGUUGGACACGUCAAUAUCAGUGCUCGUGUAACGAAGAAUAAACUGUAGAACGAGCAUCGAGGGAAGGUGCGAUCAUCACUCGGCAUGAAGGACAUGCAUUGGCUCGUUUGCACCUGCAUCCUCACGGCGACGACGGUGCUUUCCUGCCGGCAGAGCGAGUUUCAGUGCGCCAACGGGCAUUGCGUCGCCCUCAACAAAGUCUGCAACGUUGUCGACGACUGCGGAGAUGGGAGCGACGAGACGCGUCCGUGUUCACCUUGCAAUAAAACGUACUACGGCGACGUGGGGAAGACGUACGAUCUGGAAUUGCAUCGACCGAAGGAAGAUAAGGUGCCUUACAUUUGCAAGCUCACCUUCAACGCGCCAGGUGACGAUUUCGGUGAUAUCGUGCAGCUGACCUUCGACAGCUUUACUCUAGGCAAAUUCGUAUCGUUCACCGCAGAGGGAUGUCCCGACGGGUCCCUGCAAAUCUCAGAAGCGCAACGUCCCGACGUCGGCGGUCUUUGGUGCGGCACGUCCUGGGGACCCGCGAUCUACUACAGCGAGACACCCAGCGUCUCGAUCAUCCUCAAGCUGUUCAGGCUCAGCAAAGAUCAGACGGGAUUCAACUUCGACUUUAGAAUGGCGUAUAAGAUGAUCAGGAAGUCCGACGCGGUGGUGCGCUACGGAAAUCCCUUCGUCGGAAUAACGCAGGUCGUUGGGACGCCGGCAUCGACCGAGCGCACGGCGUCCGCCGAGUACGCGAACACGUCGAUGGCGAUGCCGGUGCAAAUGGUCGAGCAACACGUGCCACCACCUACGAAACCGAGCACCGAGCAGUUCUUAGGGGACCUAAUAUCCGGGACUUAUUGCUCCCGUAUAUUCACCGACUGCGACCGGAAGAAGUGCAGAUUGCAGUCGCCUAACUUCCCCGGUCUCUAUCCCCGCAAUCUCACCUGCUACUAUGCGGUGAGGCAGCACGAGGUGCCGGCGGGCAAGCACGCUUUAAUACACGUAAAACAGCCCCGGGGCCAAUUGGUAGCUGUAAGAGCACGACCAGCGACUCAGGCCGAGGCGCCACCCCGGGAACUGCGUCUCUGGCAAGAUUGCGACGUCGUUCAGGACUACGUAACAGUGUAUGACGGAUACACCACCAGGGAGCCUGUGAUCCUAAAAUUUUGUGGCGGCGGGGAGCCGGUGCCGGAGGCCAUCAGCAGCGGCCCGGAAAUCCUGGUGGAGUUUACUACCUCUCCUUAUGGCACCUUCUUACAUCCGACGCCGCCCCAUUCCCUGCAUGGGUUUCAAUUAGAAGUGCAAGUCACGUUCGUGGACGCCGAAUCACCGACCUACGCCAAGAAUAAGCGCUGCGAGUUCUGGCUGAGGGGCACCGGCGGCGGCAUCCUGGCGUCGCCCCGUCACUCCCUGCCGAGAAACAGCACCUGCUUGUACCAUCUUCGCGGCGCCGGUCCUACCCUGCCGAGCCCGACGCCGCCGCGCCCGUUACCCAAGUUCCCGGAGCAGAGACCCGGCACCGUGUGGAGGAGACCGGCCCCGAGGCCGCCGCAGCCGCAAUUCCGCGUCUGGCUGUCCAUCCUCAAGUUCCACGUGGGCACCGGUCUGUCCAGCACCGACGAGGACUGCUCGACGACGCUGAUGGUCUGGGACGGCGAGAUGAUGCCGCUGUCGGAAUGCAACGACGUCGCCUGCGAAAAAGAACGUCAACGUUACGCUGAAAGAAUGGGCGAUCCGAUUCAACCCAUUCUUGCGCGUCCCUCGAGCAAUACCACACUGCUAGCGAGAUAUUGCAAGGACAAAGUACCGAAGACCUGCGAUCACGCUAUCCUGCAGAACACCAGUCGUCCGUGCUCUUUGGUGGAGAGCUUUGUUUCCUCUGGCAGUAGUUUAACUAUAGAGAUGCGUAUGGUCGAGUCGACGGCGCUCAGACCCGUAAACUUCCGCGCUCUGUACGAAUUCGUCGAUCUUCACCAGGACGGCGAUCCUUAUGGCAGCGGACCGUGCUCCCGCAUUUUCUAUAGUCGGAAUCGAGACCAUUAUUCAGAUCGUAAAUUCCAAGGGCCACGCGACAUAUUCCUGUACGGUCGUGGAGGGUCGAAGAAUAUAAGCUGCGUGUAUCGCUUCGAAGGAGAGCACGACGAGGUGGUGAAACUGAGGUUCAACAAGCUCCUCAAUGGGAAUCGCACCUGCCGCAGCGUUGGCAACUCUGAUUUCAAUAGGCUGCUCUGCAUCGACUCCGAGAACUUCUCGGUUAAGGUGCUCGAUUUACCGUGGCCAAACGCAUCGCCAAUUCAGCGAGAUUGUCUCUGCUCGAAUCGAUCGCUACCCAUCAAUAUCAAAUCUACCUCCAAUAUCGCCGAGGUACAUUUCACCGUUCUAUCUAUGGACGCCUUGGAUGAUUACAACAAUCUCUUCUUCGAGGGCACCUGGGACUUUGUCAAGACGACGCCUUGCAUGCAGAAACGUAGGGUCAGGGGGCCGUCUGGCGAAAUUAAAUACACGCCACCGGCCGACGAUGACGAGAAAAACUGCGAGAACCAGCCGUGGCUGAUCGAUCCCGGCCCGGGACAAUACUUAUACGUGAAAAUGGACGGUAUAAUCGUGUCGAACAGCACCAAGUGCGCGACCAAGAAUCGCAUCAUCGUGCACACGGGCGGCGCGAUUCACGUGUCGGUGUGCCCGAAACCACCUGCUGACUCGAGGCACCAUGUGGUGGAGGUGUUCAGCGACGGUUGGGCCGUCAGCAGCAACGCGAUGAUCCUCGCGCCGGGACAGGAUCCGAUCAGGACCAUCGCCAUCGAGUUUAUCGUGAAAGAACCGGCUUCCUACACGGUCACGUGGCUCGAGCUCACCAGAAGACCGUCGGUGACGUCAACGGCGGGCCUGCAAAUGACGCGGGACUGUGAGCAGCGGUGCCCGGAGCUGGACGCCUGUAUAAACGCCUCGCUGUGGUGCGACGGGGUGUCCCACUGUCCGUCCGGCUACGACGAAGCCCUGACGCACUGCUCCGUGCUGCUGCAGCUGCCGCCGUUGCAACUGGCCCUGGGCGCGCUCGUCAUCCUCACCGUCCUCGGCGUCGUCUGCAUCCUCGUGUGGCGGACCUGCCGGCGGCGCGGCCGCCGCUCGAUAUCCCAGCACCGUCUGAAGAGCAUCUCCUCCGAGACGGCGAUAAUCGACGGCAAGGAAGUGAUAUGCUGACACAGCGACAGUUCUGUGCGUUACGUCGAGGUCGACCGGGUCACCACUGUGUGACGAUCGCCGUCGUCCACGUCGUCGUCGUCGUCGUCGGCACGGCUACCGGCACGGCUCCUCCGUUGCAGAUCAGCGGUCAGACUCUGCUUGGCCCUGCUCUCCUGAAGAAGUCGCCGCCGGGCCGGCCGCCGCCGGAGGAUCCGCGGUACUGCCUCCGCGUAACGCGCAGAACUGUCGUGUGCGAGAGAUUCGGGACGUUAGGUGGGAAAACCGGAGCUCAUCUAUGAUCGGAGAAUCGCGUUCGAUGCUCGAUGACUCGGGCGAGUGCAGGAGAGAACGCCUUUUCUUUUCGUUGUUCCCGGUCGGUUGUUCUGGUCUCGUUGAGAGAGAGGUGGGUCUCAUCGUUUUAAAUUCAGGGAAUAAUGACGGGUGAGUUGGAGGAGAGAGUCGGGCGAUCUGAUUACAGGGAACGUCGUGAAUUGUAAAGCAGCGAAUGGGAACGUGCUUAGGAUUGUAAGUUGUUCGAUGGUGUCCUAUGUCGGAGCCACAAUAGCGCGAAGUUAAAACGUGUAACGGCAGAUUAAUCCGGCGACGUGGCGUAAAAUGUUUGUACGAUGUGUAACUUUUCAUUGAUCAAUCAAUCACGCGGCACGCACACAGUCGUCUACAUCUAUAUAUUUUUUAAAUAAUAAAUUUCUAACGAUAUACUGCCAAUCAAGUUUUCUCAUUUCAAGAGACUGACUUGUUUUGUAACUUUUUAAAUAAUUAAAACAAAAAAAGUUUUUGAAUUUGAAGUAUCCGAGAUACUCGUUUCUGAUCGUCAAUUUUUAACGGACGUGUGAAGUCUGUACAUCACGCAGCAGACGCGCGAUCGAGUUCUUGCCGAAGCCUCGAUCCACCCUUCGCAGACAUCGAAAUAAUCACUGCCGCGAUACCCGGCGAGUCCCGGCGGAAAUUCCCGAGUUCCGAUCAUACUUUCGUUAUCUUCGCGUGCAAGAUCUUAUUAUUCUCGCGCGCGAAGCCUUAUUACUUCUCCAAGUACCGUUACACGUCCCAUCCCGGAUCCAACGCGAAAGUUUUAAUGAUUCCCCGUCGAGCUGUCCGAAAGUCAUCUCGAAACGAGGAGAAAAAAAGAGAGGGAGAGAAAGAGGGAGACAGAGAAUCACGUAACGUAAGCUACAGAAUUAAAGUGCGAACUACUUUAACGAGGACAAUAAGUAAUAAAAUCCUAGUAGUAUGUCGCUAUUAUGGUAGAAUGGCUCAGUGAUGAUCGAACGACGCUGCGCCUUGAUUGAACUUGGACGAUUAGCGCGACUGAAAGAUUACAUAGUAAGGGAUCGGCACGUUUUUUGGCGCAAUGUCGAGAACGCUAUAAAGUAAACGAUGCGACAGGAGGAAAGGGGGAGGGGGAGGAAGGCUUAGCAGAUCGAUAAUGCGUUGUUAGCGAAUUAUAGCAAGUUAUUAUAAGCCAGUUUCAUCAACAUCGCGUUGACCUCAACCGCGUUUUAACGGUUAAGUUCGGUGCACCUCUGAUUCGAUUAUAAAGACGGUAAUUAACAGAUGUUGAUGAAACUAGCGCAGUAUCACCUUAUCUUAUUUACCAAUAUCAUCUAGAGAACCGCAUACUUUUGUCCCGUUAACAGACAUACAAAGUGUUUAUAUUUGAUAUCACAUGACUGACACGACACACGUCUCGCGAACGUUAUUGAGAUAACGCUCGAACGAGUUUUCACAUUUCGACGACGUUAAUUCGCCAAGGCGCCACGUCGCGGCGUCGGUCCGAUUGACACGUCUCGAUUAAUUAAGAAACGCCUCAUUCGGAAAUCCGAGACAUCGAGCGUCGCGCGCAACGUGUUAGUAACUACAAAAAUGUUAGUUCUUCUUGAGAAAUAAGAGUAGACAAGCAAUUUUAGAGCCGAGCGAACUCCCGUCUCGUGCUCCAUACUUUACUUUUUUCCUUUCUGGACGCGCGUAACGUACUCGCACAGAGAGAUUGUCUGUAAGAUAGAUGAUUCAGGAUGGCCGACGCGCACGCACGUCGCGCUUCAAGUCGUCGCAACGUUACUAUAGAUAAAUGAAGAUGUCGAUCGAGAAGGGAUGUUAAAUAUUUAAUGCAAUGUGACGUACUAUAUUGCGGCCGUGGUGACGCCAGAAACUUCAACGUUACCACCCCUCGUUUACUGCCAAAAGUAGUCGAUUAUACCUCGCCGACAGCGAAUACAAAUUUCGAGAAUAUUACAUUUACAUGCGUCAUACAAAUGUAUUGCAGUUACAUGUGUUCAUAGGAUCCGAUCGGUUUACGACAGACCGUUUCAUUGCGCUAAUUGUUAUUAUUUUGUAAAAAAAAAAAAAAACGUGGUGAAACGUACCGGACGCACGGUACGGUAAUCACAAGCGUUUCCUUUUCGUAUCAUGGCCGCAGACUUCUUUCGGACGUCUGCAUUGCGCUCAGGUUGCAUUUCGACGUGAGCAAGUGCAUAUUGCAAAGGAGAGAAUUUCGCUGAUCCAAUUGGUCGAGUAGAAAAAAAAAUCCCGAAAAUUCUGAGUUGGGAAUGUGUGUUGGGAAAGCGAGCUCACGUCGAGACGCGGCCUCAGCCGACGAGGAAGAAUUUCAGCUAGAGAUACUGACCAAGUUUAAAGCGAUAGCCGACUUUUAGGCGACUUAAUUAUUCAUUUUAGCGAUUCCACCGGAUGGAGGGAGAAGCGGUGGAUAAUAUGUAGACUUCAGUAGCCUGAAAUUAUGUGAUAAUAUAUAAAUGCUGUUUUCCUCGGAGCUGUGCUCCGACAUUAUUGUUACGCCGGGCGAACGGCGGCGUCCACCGACGGCCGUUGAACACUCGUGUCAACAUUUUGAGAGGCCACUUCCUUCCUCUCGCUAUAUUUUCAACGAUAAUAGCGCGGGAAUGGCGCGCGCGCGCGCGUAAAAGUUUAGCGAGAUAGAGCGAAACGAGUAAUCGAGGGUGGUUUAUACCUGUCGGGUCACCUUAAACAUGCAUGCGAGCACACCGACGUCACCGCCACGGCUUGUACACCUUGUUCAUACUUGUACAUAAUCGAUUAUUUAUCUAUUUGUAUCGAAUAACGAUGUGUGUGCUUCCGCUCGCACGUUUUAACUGUCGAGCACAUUUUCGUUUUUUAAUUUAUAUUAAAUUAACAACCUGCAACUUUUCUUACGACUAAACGACUGUCGUUGUCAUCCAAGCAUUUAAUUUUAAUCAGCGAAUUCAGAGGCGACGUGACGUACGAGAGAGCUUCGUCUAUAUUUCGCCUGCAUUAUUAAUUAAAGAUGAAAUUACGAUUCUCGCGCUGAGGAAACUGUAAAUGUAGUCGCACGAGAAGCACUGUUUUAAACAAUUCUAGAUCCCGAGGUGAAAUCGAUAUCGAAUCUAUAUAUUUUAAUUAUAUUCUAACAUAGUAUCAAGCGAUAAAACUUUACAGCUUCGACACGUGAAACUUUCAACGCGACAUGGCUUGCGUAUUAUCUGUAUUGAUAAAGUUUGCAGGAGUCUCGUAGGAGCCACUACUUCUUAUUAACCGGUGAGACAUGAAAUAGUUACUUCUUGACAGAAAAAAAACACUAAAAAAGAAAUGAAAAGAAUUUCUUUUAAAUUUCUGAUUAAGUAAUAUAAUCAAGGAAGUGGAAGAAGUAGAAUAAAUUACUCCUUUAUAAACAAUAAUGGCUUUUUCGCAUAUUGCACGACGCCGCGUAUUGAUAUUGCGAGCGGAAGUUCACAUCUUGCCGCUUUACUACUCGAUAAGCAUAGAAUUUCGAAAAUUCACGGUAGAAUCCUCUCGAAACCGAGUGCAUCCGAAAUAGAGCGAAGGAUAACGGAAGCUUAAGACGAAUUAACGAAGAGAAAUGCAGCGUGCUGAUAUCGCAUGCUGAUAUCAUCAGCUAACCGGGAAUACCGCCAACUGUUCUCUCGUUAUCUGCGAGUAUACACGCAACAAUAAUUAACGCAUAUAACCGACAGAUGUGAGACAAACCGAUUCCAAGCGCGCGGUGUAUUAUUUUUAAGCCCGUCGCGGAAAGAAACAUUGAACGCAGACAAUCGCCGAUGCGGACUUGAUGGAGCGAAUUUCACUUCAUUCUUGUUGCACGAAACGCCGGAAACGCGUGCGUUACAUACAGAUGUUCCGUACGAAGUUCCCGUCGACGUUCUGCGGGUAGAUAAGAUUUAUCGCGCUAUACGCUUUAAGUGAUAACGCUGCGGAUUAGUCGGACGAUGAGAAACAACGCAUGCAACGCACGUCACGAGCGAGCGUACCUUCAGUUAACUACAAUCUUGUGUUCAAUCACGAAGAAGCAAAGCAAGUAAUAUAAGUUUUUUUCGAAAAGGAGGUCACGGUUUCAUUAUCUCUUUCGUUUAUAUACCUACACAUUCGUACUUUAAUCCUUCGUCACUUUAAUCCUUCCAUUACGUUAUGAAAUGGUUGAGUAAUAACUAAUUGGCUCUGUAUUAGAACAUGAAACGUCACACUAUCGCGGAAAAGUUUCAUUAAAAGUUUUAUUAAAGCCAAGUAAAAAAAGUGAUGCCAUAAAGUGCAACUGAAUUUAUGAGAAAAUAAAUAUUUUCCGACGAUUGGAAAAGCUUCUUGCUCGUGUCAUGAUAUAUAUCAUUCUAAUUAUCUCUAAAAGUUUUCAUUUACUUGGGACCAAGGUAUUGUUUAAUUAAUACUCGGCCUGCCAGUGACGUAUUUGCCUUUUACACAAUGCAAUUGAGCGGGUACGUCUCUCAGGUAAUUAAAUUAUCGAAAUUCUAAUUAAUAUGACUGAUUCACGAGCAGAGAAUCAAAGACUGAUUAUUUACAUAGUUUUCUUCUGUCAUCAGAAUCUAUACACUGCCACGUGUAAAAUCUAUCUCUUUUACGAGAGACGACAAUUAAAAAUCGAUCAUCUAUUUAUAUGUCGGUGAAUUUCCGAAACAAAGAGAAAUAUAUCUUUGCUCAUUAAAAGAUACCAGAAAUACACGAUCUGUACGACUUGAAUUAGAAGAAUAAAAUUUCCUCGUUCUCUAUUUUGUACAAUCUACAAUAAUAACUUCUUCCAUAAUUUAAAGUCACGGUUGCAUCCCCUCGAUGCUACGAUAUCGGCUUUAAAGCCAUGACCCAGAUACACAACUAACUCCGCUGAUUGUUCCACGGCUCGCCGGAGAGAAAUUUUUCCAAAAAUAGGUCGUUGAAGGUUUUCCUUUUUAAUUACAUUAAUCGUUCCUGACACGAGCAAAUUAAUUCACGGAAUCCUAAUAUAUAAUAGCACGUAAUUAACUGCACUCUGAAUACUUGCACGCACGAAUACGAUUCAUCAGCACCCAUUUAUGAAAACGGCAUUAAUUCUCCGAGAGAGAGAGAAAAAGAGAGAGAGAGAGAGAGAGAGAGAGAGAAGAUAAAAGUAAUGUAAAACUAAAAAUAAUUAUUCUGCAAAACGCAAGCGGUGACCUCCUUUUAAAAGUAACGUAAUACGCUCUGACAUUUUCUAAUCGCGAAAUUGCUGCAAGACGGCAUCGGCAGCGCGAAAGAAAAAUCUAUUUCGAUAACGAUGGCGAUUUAAUUAUAUCACCUUUACAGCGCCAAUAAAAAAAACGUUCCAUAAAAAUUACACAACUGCGUCUAGACAUUACGAGAUCAAUGAUGAAAUAUUUUCGAUUGUGCCACAUCGGGCGCGAAGGAAAAAACAAUGACUUCGAGAAAAUAUGUCACCGCGUACCUAAUAUACUGCCUUCGAAAACCGCCGCGUUCGUACGUCCCAGGAUAAUAAAAGUUUACGUUUACUGCGAUCAGGUGACGCACUCCUGCAUUGUAUAUUAUCGCCGCUGUUCACAUACGAACGCGUGAAUCGUGACUUUUGACACCCGCAUUGCCAUUAUCUUGAUAGAGCGAUUUUAUUAUCGCGACGCGCGUAAUUAAACAUCUCGCGUACAAAUAUUGACCGAAGCAUUAAUCAGCGAAACAAAAAAUAUCGCUAUAUCGAUUAGACAUUACUCGAUUUUAUUGAUAAAGCGACAUUUUUCGUGAGAAGUUGUUAAUUCGCUGUGGAGCUGCUACUGAACUCUCGAGAGUAUAUUCACACAUUUUAUCUAAACGUAUAGACUUUAUUCAAACGGAAGGAAUAAAAGUUUAAAGAGUAACCCUUAAAAAUUUUAAAGACGAUUGAGGAGACAAUUGCAUAAUUACUUACUGAAACUUCGCGAGAGAUAGUCGAUGUUUAAUCCUUGUCACUUAAAACAUCCAGAAAUGACAGAAUGAAACUUCGGUCUAAGAAUUAAAUAAGAUUUUAAUGUAGAACGAGAAGUUGUGACUAAAUGAGACGCGUAGUGUCUCUCAGAAACGCGACAUUUUACUCAUGCGUAAGACAACCACGCCAGAAGUGAAAUAUGAAUAACUUUUUAAACAUACAUAUAUUAUGAAGCCUAGUUAAUUCGACGUCGCCACAGAUUUAACUAGUCGCUUAUUUUAAAAAUAAUGUAAACUCAGUUUUGACGCACCACAAAUUUAGAAAAAAAAGAAAUACGAGCAUAAAUCAACGCGACAAUUCGGUUUUAAUAUUUUUUAUAAAUUGAGUUUACACUGUUUUCAAUAUAAACGAAUCUCUCUUAUUGGAUUGUUGCGUACAAAACAAUGGAUUUAAAACAUCGGACUAUGAAAUGAAUGUGAUAUAUUACGUGUCACGUUUGUCUGAUAGGAUCUGUUUAUAAAAAUAUGCUUUAAGUUUCAAAAAUACUUUUUAUUUUUUUAUAAUAUAAUAGAUUUAUAAAAAUACUUAUAUGAAAUAUAUAUCAUUUUAAGAAACGUGAAAAACAUUAUUAAAUUUUUCAAUUAUACAUAGGUAUAUUUACACUUGUUUUCUAGGAAAUUAUUUGAAAAUCGGCGGAUUUUGACAUAAAAUCCGAAUUUUAUACGCAUCGAUCCAAUAAUUAUUCAGAGAGAACUAGAGAACUUUGAUCCGAAAUGAAUCUCCUUAGACGCAAAUUAGCCUCGUUUACGUGUCACGUUUCAAACGCAAGUGCAGAAACGUACUGCCUCGCACAUACUUCCACGUGCUUUAUCCUCGAAGAUGAUAACUGCGGAUACGGCGGUAGCCCUCAAGAUACAAUUCUCCAGCUUAGAAGGAUACCGCCAUGUCGCUUCACCUAUGUAAAUAUCAAUAAUGGUUACGUAAAUGAUCGGUAUGGUCAAUGUAAGACAAAUUUACGAUUAUCGGCCAAUUCUUUCGGCUCUUGUUUCGAUUGUAAAUAAGCGUAAUCGUACGAAUUAAAGGGAUUCUAGAUCACGAUGUAAGCCAGUAAAGUAAAUUAUCUAGAAUCUAGAGAGACGAUUCCCUUUUUUUUAGGCAUUAUUAUUAAAGGUGUAAAAAUCAUAUCCACGGCUGCGAUUAUGAGAGACGCAAACGAUCGAACUGUCGAUUGUCAAAGCCACACGCGGGCAAAGUCUUACUUUCCGAGAUCUUCGCGCACCUUUGUCCGUGCUAUUAGCUCUCGAUUUUGAUUGCUGGUGACCAUCAAGAUUUCAUGGCGUUUAAUGUUGUUAUAGAGCCACGAUAAAGUAAUCAUACAGAACAUAGGGCAAAAUUUACAGAAGGAGAGAGUUGGAGCAUUUAAAGUUUCGCCUAGCAAAAUAAAUAUAACUUGCGUAUACUAUUAGAAAAGAAAAUUAACUUUGGUGGUGAGACACCUGAAUGUUGAGGUAUACUGUAAAGACUUUCAGCCACCGCGCGUUAUACGUUCACUUCUCCUUCGCUUUUCUUACAAUUCUUACCGUCGCGGCGUCGCUUGUUUAACGUUUCCAGGAAACUGACGGCGAUUAUUCAUUCGAGCUAUUAUAACAGAAUAAAGUGCAAUGACUCUCAUUAUCUUAAUUACGAUCCUAUCGUUAAAGUUCCAAAGGAAUCAGUUCCAAGUUAGAUAAGCGAAUGAGAAGUGUUGUAUCAAAUUGAGAUAAGAAUGAACCAGUGUCAAGCGAAAAAGAAGCUGGCACACUUUCGUUACGCAAUAGACAAACAAUCGGUGACAGUCGCGUGUUUGUUACGAGGUGCCGUUAUCUCGUGCACUACCUGCGCGGUUAUUACACGAAAAAUGAACAAAUGUUUGCAUCGAGACGGAAAAUUCGCGUGAUUGCAUGUGCGUAUAAAUUCUACGCUGCCGAAACGCUGCCGAGGAUUCGACACUUAUCAUCUCGGACGUCUAGGUACUUCGCGAUAAAUCCCGUACGUAAUAUAAUUAAGUAAUCGCCUCAUUCUGUCAUUUUUUUUUCAUGAAAAACAGAGGUUUGUGUUAGUCGUUGUUGUCAAUAAAACGAUAUCGAUGCCUUUGCGCAUCGGGAUUUUUAUGAUAAUACACCUCUUAUUUUGUGAAAGUAAAAUAUACAUACGCACUCUACUAAUGAUUGAUAACUAGACAGUUAUCCGAUAAUCUCCGUAAACUUACAGAUGAGAAAGUAAAAAUAAAAAUUCGGUCGCAAUUCGAAAUAAUUACGCAAAUUGACGCGUUCGAAUCAAAGAAUCGAUCGAGUCAGCUUUCACGUAACGCGUUCUCGAAAAUACCUAUAUCUUUGCGGAUCUUGACAGUUCUGUUGUAUCGCGCUACAAAGACGAAUGGCAUAAACUGUUUCUGCAAACUCAAUUUUCAUAUCAUCUACUAUCAUUCCACAUAACGCCGGGAGAUAUUUUUCUUUGGAUCGUUGCGAUAUCAAUCAUUCACGUAUUUCAAGACAGGUUCACAAAUAACGAUGUAUCUAUGUACUUUACAGCGACGAGGUCGCCGCGCUUAUUUGAGAGAAAAGCGCAUUCUGCGGAAUUCUUUUUCAAAAAUUCUACGGUGCGAUUCGAUUAUGCUCCUUAAGCGAGAUUGCUCACCGGGAGUAAAUCUGUUCUACGUUCGCCCUCAAUUGCAUCGCGCUCGAUCGACUGCCGUGCCAUGCCGGUCCGAUGAUCGUGCCUCGAGAUUCGUUUUUUUAAAACUCAAUUCGCGAGAGAAUGAGUAUAUAUAUGAAACCCAGAAUCCGAACCGAACGCAUGGAAUCGUGUACACCAACUCGGAUCUCGAUAACCCUGAUUUUUCAUACGAAAGCUUUUUCGCGACAAACAGGCACGCUCGAUCGGCGAUAAAACACGCGUUUUAGGAAAAAUCAUGCGUACGCUUCCUGGAAUAAAUUUUAUAUGUUAAAGAUAUAUUAAUAUCUUGAAAUUUUGAAUAUAUCUCUUGUUUAUCUGCCGCUUUGGAACGUUUAAAGAAAAAUUCUGAGGAAUGUGAGAAUAAUUUUUAAACUAAUUAUACAAAUCUUACGUAUUUCGUGUAAAAGCAAAUGUAUUUUAAAUUCCUCUUCUCGGUCAUUAUUAGAUUAUGGUGAGCGCAAAGUCAGCAAGAAAUCUGACAAUAACAUAAAGGCACACACACAUAUACACACCCACGCAUGCACGCGAUCUUGCCAGGCCAUGCAUAAACGCACACGUCAUUAAUACAUUUGUAAUCGCUCUAUUUGAAGACUGUGACACGAAUUGCGGUAAACAAACGUCGAUGGCUUUAUUUAAAUGUAACGACACGACUGUACGUUAAAAUUGUCGAGAAGCUUGUGUUAACCAUGUCUUAUUAUACAUAUACACACAAUUAAUUUUUAUAAUUGAUAUACAUAUAUAACUAAUUUGUUAAUUAAAAUAAAACAACAACAGUUAUUUAGAAAAUUAAAAAAUAGAUUUAUUUUAGUAAUUCCAACGCUUUUUUCUCAUACCUAUAUCAUAUAUAUAUAUAUAAGACCGUGGAUUCAAGGGACGGAUUUUUAUCCAUUUUCCGUGAUUUUCUUCCAUUCUUUCCGGAUAAGUAUAUAAUUUACUUGCCGUCAGAAAGAAAACGUAAAGUCCAUUGUGCAAUCGGACGACGAUCGUUGUUCGCGUUAAAUCGGAUCAGAGCGAAAUCAUCAGUCCGAGGAGGCAGCGACCUGCGCAUGAAUCAUGAGCCCGUCAUGAUUUAUUUACGGACGAAGUGGCCGUCUCUGACGGAAGUGAAUGCGUCAUACGACGUCACUAGAAUCCGAUCGCAGCGUUAGACAAUUCGCUGACAAAAACGCCUUUGCAUUCCGCAGAAGUAUGCAAGAGCGUAAAUAGAUUGGCGAUGCGGAUUUCGUGUCACGUGGAACUUCGAUGACUCGCGGUGUCACUUAUUAUAUAAAUAUACAUAUACGUAUAUAUGUAUGUAUAUACACACACAGUCCCGUUAAUUUAUUCCACGAUAAAAUAAAAACAAUAACGACCAAUCACCUGCCAGACGUAAAUUUUAAUUGACCCUCCGAAAAACAUGCUCACGCGAUACGCAUAUAGUUACUAAUUGUACCAUUGCCGACUACCGACUCGAAGUAUAACGAAUAUAUUCGACAUUUUUAAUAAAUUAUUUUGAAGAUUG